CAGCAACAGCAACGUGAGUACUGCGAUAUUCCACCGGAUCUGUGGUGCGACAGCUAUGAAGCUGCGCUGAAGUGCGAUGUUGUGCUGCAAUGUGACGCGUUUAGACGACACGCGCAGAACAACAAACUGAAGUUGACGCUGAUUUAUGAGGCACUAUGUCCGUAUUGUCAGCGUUUCAUCGUGAACCAUUUGGGCGCGUUGUAUCACCAGUUCAGACCGUUCAUCGAACUCGAGCUGGUGCCGUGGGGAAAUUCACGCAUUCUGAGGGAUGGCAGUAUCAAGUGCAACCACGGCCAAGUGGAAUGCGACGCGAAUCGACUGCAAGGCUGCGUUUUGGACCAUGUGAAGAUAAAGCACGCACUACCGUUCAUCAUUUGCUUUGAACGGCAUUUUGGAGCGAAAUUGGAUGUG